AAAACAUCUCAAUGAAAACAAAAAUCAUUUUAAAAUCAUGGACAUAUUAUUUUCUCUGAAUAAAAUAGGGUAUGGUAAUUAUGUUAAAAAUAAUAAAAUUUUAAAGUUUGACGAGUUAAUAGUUUCCGCAUCAAAACAACAAAAUUUUCAAAUCAUCAAAUAUCUAUUCAAAUACAAUAAAUUUUCAAUAAACUAUAACAAAAAUGAAAAAUUAUUAAUUCCUUCAUCGAUCAAUGGUAAUAUGGAAAUUUGGAAUUAUUUAACAGAUUUUGGGUUAAAAAACAACUAUUUUAAAAACUCACUGGAUGAUCUAUUGAAUCCAGAGCUUUUAAUUAACUUAAGUGUUAAUGGUCAGAUAGAAAUGUUAAAUACUAUACUUUCAAAGUACAAAAUAAUUAUUCAGUACGACAAUGACUUAAAAACAAAUAAUAUAUUACAACCUAAUGAAAUAAUAAUUUUGGCUAGAGAUUAUGAAAAAAUCAUUGAAGGUUCAAUUGAAAAAGGUCAAAUUGGAAUGGUAGAAUUGUUU